GUGUUUUUAACAGUGUUCUCAGGGCGGUUGUGCACUGCACUGUGUCAUAGCUCCUGCACAACUUCCUGAAAAACCCUGAGCGCGAUUCUUACAGAACACCAGGGAGCAUUUCUCAUGAAGAUCGUAGAUGAUGUGGAGUAGGUCAUGAUCAGCAGCAGCAGGACAGGCCGCCUUGUGAAAGGGGGCGCAAGCGUCUGCAGGGCGUCUCCAGCCGUGCCUCCGCUCUGGAUCCGUCCUACUCUGACCUGGAGAGGAAGGGGAAGGGCCCAAGAGUCCCAGAACCCCCACACAGUACAGCUAGUCUGAAUCGGGACAAGGAGCUAUGACGACCUCCAUGGGCUCCGACCUCCACCACGCGCUCCAGCCAUCAGUGGAGACAGACCACUUCCAGAGGGUCCUGAGCUUUGGCUCAGAGCAACAUAUGAGACAGCGUUUCUGCGACAAGUUCUUCCAGCAUGAUCUAGAUGCGUUUCUUUCUCCUGGCCAUCUGCAGAUCGAACCCAGGAGGCCAGCCCUUGACAGCAUGUCCUCUAUGGAGGUUAACGUGGACGUCCUGGAGCUCACAGACCACAGGGAUAUAUUUGAGCAGGAUGCCUUUGACGUCUUUCUCAGUUCAGGAGGUGAUGAGAAUGACCAACCCUCCCCCUUUGCAGGUAACACACACACCAAAGAUAAUUUCAAGGAAAAGACCUCACUGCCAGCACCUGGAGGUUCUGAGUGCAGACCCCCCAUGUUGUCCUUCUCCUCUGCCUCCACUGACCCUACCAGUGAGGAAGGGGAGGAGACCCCCACUCAGUCAGAUGAUGAAGAUGAGCACACAGAUGUGUCUUUGCUAUGGCGCAAACUGCCAACCGAUGACAAAAAGAAAGAGGAUCCUGCAUGCCUCGUGUAGCAACAAGACUCACCAGAGUUGCUCACCAUCACCUCAGAGGGUGGUUUCUGCUCCCAAUAGAAGAUGAAGUUAUUAAAGUAUGUUGUUAUAAUUAUUUUUUAUCAUCGCAAUAAUAGUAAUACUGCUGGGGAUGGUGAUAAUAAUAACAAUAUGUUUUAAUAAAAUGAAUUUGCAAGCACCUUUAACAUUCAAGCUUAACCUUAAAUGAAUAGCUUAUUCUUGUAUCUUUUUCUGUAUUUAUUGUAUCUGAUUUUAAAUAAAAAAUAAAUAAAAUAAAAUAAAUGAGGAAACAA